CCAACUUCUAUUCCAAUCUCCCUCCCCAUCUGAUCUAUACUCCAUAUCUGAUUCGCAGGCAGAAGCUCAGGGCUUUCUUCUCCGUUCGGUUCUCUCCGACCUCACCUUUUCUCUCAUCGGCUCAAUUUUGAGCUGAUACUAUCAUGUUCAUUCAAUACAACUAAAACAACCCGCUGUCAACUGUCAACCAAAAGCCAAUCUUCAAAGAAGGUGAAUGUCUACCCUCUCUUCUUCAAUGGGUUCAACUCUGUCAACAUCUCAAGGGAUAUUUCCUUCCUCUUCCUUUGGUGCAUAUGAAUCAGAGUCCAACGACCCUGAUGAAACUAAGUUAUAUUCAGUAUCAUGGAACCAGGACUACAGUUGCUUUGCGGCUGGCACAACUUUUGGUUUCCGUAUUUAUAAUUGUGAACCUUUUAAGGAGACAUUUAGGCGUGAUCUCAAAAGCGGGGGCUUUGGGAUUGUUGAAAUGCUAUUUCGGUGCAAUAUUUUAGCCCUUGUUGGUGCACGUGACAACACUCAAUACCCACCAAACAAAGUUAUUAUUUGGGAUGAUCAUCAAAGCAGGUGCAUUGGGGAGUUUUCUUUUAGAUCCGAGGUUCGUGCCGUGAAACUAAGGCGAGACCAUGUUGUGGUCGUGCUUGAGUACAAGAUAUAUGUACACAACUUUAUGGAUCUAAAGCUUCUUCACCAGAUAGAGACUUGGGCUAACCCUAGGGGGCUUUGCUGCUUGUCACACUACUCAAACACAUUUGUAUUGGCUUGUCCCGGUCUUAGAAGUGGACAUGUUCGGGUUGAGCAUUUUGGACUGAACAUGACAAAAUUCAUCAAGGCUCACGAUUCGCAAAUUUCAUGCAUGACUUUGACAAUGGAUGGGCUUCUUCUUGCCACAGCUAGUACUAAGGGCACUUUGGUUAGAAUUUUCAAUACUAUGGAUGGGACUCUAUUGCAAGAGGUACGAAGAGGUGUAGACAAAGCAGAUAUUUACAGUAUAGCACUAUCACCAAAUGUUCAAUGGUUAGCCGUGUCUAGUGACAAAGGUACUAUUCAUGUAUACAGCCUAAGGGUGCGAAUUGUCGGGGAGGAUGUUGCAACUGAUACCAAUUGUAGCAAUGCUGCUUUUGGAAAUCAAGCCCUAUUAUACCAACAACAUUCAUCAACUUCUCUUGAUGCUCUUAUUUCCCCAAGCACAGGCAUCAACCCUGGCUCAUCAUUGUCUUUCAUGAAAGGGUUUUUACCUAAGUACUUUAGCUCGGAAUGGUCAUUUGCCCGGUUUCACUUGCCGGAGUGUACCCAAUUCAUUGCUGCAUUUGGUACUGGAAACACUGUUAUUGCUGCUGGCAUGGAUGGGAGUUUCUACAAGUGCAGUUUCGACCCUGUCAACGGAGGCGUGAUGGUGCAGCAGGAGUACGUUUCCUUUCUGAAAAAACAGACGAUAAAAAUAGGGGCAGCCCAAAAAUGGACAUUAGAGCUGCCCAAAUAGAUGGUGUCGCGCUACAGUCACACUACGGAUGACACCUAGAAUGACAUCGCAUAGUAUUUCACGUACGAAGUAGAAUAAUUAUCUUCUUGUGAUUGUCUCUAAUAAUGUCAACCAUGGUGUCUUCUUUGAGGUUAAAGUAAGUAUUUUUCCUCUAGGUGAUUAGUCCCAACACCCUUGUCUGUCUUCUCUUCAUUUGUAAAUAGUAUCAUUGGUUUUUUUUUAAUUUGAUGUAAUUAAGAAAAAAUGAUUUGGUGG